AUGGAUGAGUCUACUUAUAUAAGGCGCCAGCAGCACCUGGCAAAUAUCUAUGCCCAACUCCAAACAUGCGAAGAGUUCUACCUAGCUGCACAUGAACUCCAAGCUGUGGGCAUUUCGGCUUCUCCUGCCUCUGUGGCCGAGAAUGGGGAGGUGAUCUUCACACCCGGUUUCUUCAGAGCAUACCCCUAUGAAGUUCUCGCGGCUUAUUCGAUCGACGAGAUUCACCAAAACAUCACCUACUGCCCUCACAUUAUCUCUCCUCUGCGUGACGUGCCCAACCUCGACUCCCAGCUUCGAGCUCACGAGCACAUCGUGGACCCCGAGGCCCGUUUGGAAGCAGCCAGACAAAGUCUCAUCCUAAGAUUGAGCGAGUACUGGCUGGAGUGGAAUGUUGUGCGUCGUGUCCACAACCAUGUCGACAGCCAGCUUGUGGCUUUUCGGCUGGGGCUACCAGACGGGUUCACGCUACUCCACCUUGGCUCCCUGCAGCGUGACUACAUGGAGAACAUCAUAUCGGACAGUGACCCAUCUCCCUUCUCGACAGGCGUCAACUUUAUGCACUGGAAGAUUGAGGACCUCCUCGAUGACUCUUCUGAGCAGACAAAUCCCCAUGCCAUCAUCAGUGUGUUGACGGAAACGGACGCGAGCGCUGAGUCAGAGAGCCUCACUCUCCACGAAGUUCACGCGAUCGUCACAAUGAUGAUGAUCCGCACUUCCCAUGGACCCUGGGCCCGUGAUGAGAUUCAACCGCUUCUAGCCAUCACCUACACAGGCGAGGGAAGUGUGAGAAUCACGCAGGCAUCCUGGCAAGGCGAGACCUUAGUCCUGCAGUUCUCACCACUGUGGGACUUACAGCAUAGCGAGUCAGCACCGGUCGACUUGAUCGUUCGCUAUUAUCUGAGUCAGUUGGGACCGGUGGACCCUGCGGCACAGAGAGGUCCAGACUUCAAUGCCUUGGCGGAGCUUGCGUCGGGUCUGACUUUGGGGUUGACCUCGAGACCAUCCGACGAACAGAUGAAUAUGUCUUGA